UACUGUGGUGGAAGAAUAGCAGCUAUUGUACUGCCGGACCGAGGAACAGCUCUCUAAUUUUAAUUCACCAAGUUGGUGGUCAUAUAAUGAACAGUUACUGUUACACAUUAAACAUAUUUUGAAGAUUUUAUUUCGUAAUUCAUUUCUAUAAUUAAGAUUUAUUUUGAAACUACAGUGGUCCCCUGCCGUUAACUGACAGUGGUCUAGCACUUUCAGUUUAGGUUAUCUAAAAAUCUGUUUUACAGUAAUACAGUAGAAUGUAUAAAUAUUAAUUAGACGUGUUUUAUUUUUUGAGAUAAGAUAAGACCUGUAGAAAGCUGGAACCUACAGGGCACCGCCUAGAUUGAUGUAGUCUUCGUCCCAUCCAUUGGGGGCUUAUUUUUUAUAUUAUUGCAGGAUUUGAAAGCAUUAUUCCAAUAUGGAGGAAGCAAAUCGCAGAACUUCUACAGUGUAGACUCCUACGCCCCGAGUCUCCCCCCGCAGUUCAUUGGUCCAUUCAGCAGGUUCAGCACCACGGAGGGUGAACAGCGACACUCCGCAGUUUCAUCGGAUCGGGAUGCCGUGGAACCUGCUCAGCGCGGUUGCUAUGACAGCGGGUUUCUUCUUUUUUUACUCUGCAUGACACUGUUUCAUCCAUCCAUAGGAAGUAUCAACAACCAUGAUAUUUCUCAGUCUGAUCGGUAACAAGCAGGCGGGUUCGUCUUAUCUUCAGAGGAGGUCUUGCAUCGCGGAUGUUCGGAUGCUUCACAGAUAUCGCUUAUUUCGCCUGGUCUGCUUCGCUUCUAGUCCAAAGGCAUGACGGACUCUAAUGACACCAUCCCUCGGGUUCUGUCCAGCUGCUUCAUCUUCUCAUGCACAAAGCUGCUCUCGCAAAUACAGCUGCCGCCGCCCGAACACCGGGUCUCCCAGCCGGCGCCCCAGUGUCCGCCGGUCCCUCAAAGCCUCUUAUGACAUGACAGCUCCGGGCAGGAGGACCAGGAUCAAAGGUUGCGGACAGGGGUUGCAGAAGGAGCACAGAUGGGUCAGAUCCUCAAGGAAAGGGUACAAAGAAACUGAAGGUUUCCGUUUCAAGCAUACCUGCUUUUAACCAGGGUAGCAAUCUUCUGGUUUGGAGCCUCCAUGGAUCAGAAAGUCCCUGUGAUCCUUAUUCUAAUUCUGAUCUGCAUACCUUCAGCGUGGUGAGACCCACCUCUGCCUCCUCGUCUCAUCUGAUGUACGGCCUUGUAGUGUUGAUACUGGUCGAGUCCCAGCCAGCUGCGAGGUUCCCCGGGCCUUUGAGGUUCUCCUUCUCCUGCACAGUCAUGGGUUGCAUUCAGAGCAUUGCCUGCAACAAGUCGCGAAUCAAACGGGAAAACAUCGUGGUGCACGACCUGUCAGCCACUAUAGACCACUGCCCGACAGUCAUUGAGGAAAACUCUCCCAUUGUGCUCCGAUACAAGACGCCCUACUUUAAAGCCGCUGCCCGGAUUGUUAUGCCCCCUAUUCCGCGCAACGAAACCUGGGUAGUGGGCUGGAUCCAGGCGUGCACUCAGAUGGAGUUUUACAACACCUACGGGGAUAUCGGCAUGUCAAGCUGGGAGCUACCUCAGCUGCGAGAAGGUCUGGUGAGGGCCAUCAGCGACUCCGAUGGUAUCAGCUACCCCUGGUACGGAAACACAACAGAAACCGUCACCAUAGUUGGCCCCACCUCCAAGCCAUCACGCUUCACCGUCAGCAUGAACGAUAACUUUUACCCCAGCGUCACCUGGGCGGUGCCAGUCAGUGAGUCCAACACGCCCUUACUGACCAACAUCAAGAGGGACCAGAGCUUCACCACCUGGCUGGUGGCGCUGAACACCACAUCGAAGGAAAAGAUCUUGCUGCACACCAUCAAGUGGAGGAUGAGGGUGGACAUUGUCGUGGAUCCGUCUCAGCCUCUGGGCUCCAGAGCCAGGCUGGUGAGCCGGCUGUACCAGGAGCAGCCACGGGUGCUGGGCCGCAUGGAGCCCGUCCCUCCUAACGCCAUGGGGAAGCCAAACGCCAACGAUGCCCAGGUUCUGAUGUGGAGGCCAAGGAGAGGUCCUCCACUUGUUGUCAUUCCACCUAAAUAGAGCGAGGAGAGGCUCUUUAUAACUGUUUUUGCUACAACAUCACAGUGAGACACAGAUGACUCAAUAUGAUAAAGAAAGACUGAAACAGAGUCAAGUAUUUAAUUGUUGAAUCUGUGUUCAAAUUCUGAGUGGACAGCUGCCUUAAUUCCCCACUGCUGCCUUUGACUAUCCAGAAGGUUUCAGCCUCUGCCUCUGGUACUGCUGAACUAUGGAGAUCACAGAAGUUCACUCUAACCCAGCACACCAGAGAGGAGUGCUGUAUAACUCUGAGAAAACACCAUCAAUGCUGAGAUGUAACGUUAAUCUUUGAUGUAGCUCCUCAGGCUCAGGAGGACAUGAUCAAGCCUUGACAUGGGCAGUUAAAAAAAACAAGGUUUACAGCCUUAAAGAUCCUCCAGUCUGUGUAGAUAAACAAAGAAAUGCGCUGGAGGUGAAGGUCUAAUAAAGACAACUCUAAUGUGGGAAUUAAUUGAUCAUUUUCAUUUCAGAUGGAUAAUGUGACUGUAGGUAAUCAGGUGUAUUUGUCUGUGCUGAUUUGUUUUUAUAAUGGAGCCCUCAGAGCUGGGUUCAGGCUUGCUGCUGUCACACCAGACUGCCUCAUACACACCAGAGGCCUCAUUCCAAUUAGCUUUGGAUUCAGCUUUCAGCACGCAGAUCACAGGAAGUGUAGGCGAAACAUUUACCUAUGCUCAUGGACAUACUGACGGAUGAAUGAAGCCAACAGAGAGAUUUUUCUUUUCUAGUAGCGACUUCAUCCAAGCGUCCCAGUUUACUCCAGUUUUGCCUUUGCAAAGCCAGAGAUGCCUGCCGAUGUCAGCAUGCAACAGUAAAAGCGGAUUUUCAGGCCUCUCCUAUUAGAUUUAGAGAAGGAAGACGAACAAACCCCCGUAUGACUGUUUGUUAGAAAGGAAAGGUAUGAAAUAAUUACAAUUUUGGUAGUACGACCAUCCCUCAACCAUUUCACAUCCUCAAACCCUCUGCCUCCACAUUCACCUCCAUAAAUUCAUAGUCUUUCAAUACUACCUAAGGGGGCUUGAAUAAGGUAGUAAGCUACCAGAAUAAGGUCAAGCACGGGAAUUCAAUUAUCUUGGCAUGGUGAUGCUAGGCUGGAGCUGUAGAUGGUUUUAAAUGUGGGGUUUUAUCUGCAGUAAAGAUUACUGGUGAAAAAAGAACUAAACCAAAAACCUAGAGUCAUUGCUCCUCUGCAUCAAAAUGAGUUAGCUGAGCUGGUUUGGUCAUCUGAUCAAGAGGCCUUCUUUUGGUCGUUUUCCAGGCACAUCCCACAAGAAGAAAUCCCUCUGCAAAGUCCCAAUAGUCCUUGUUGGGAGUUUGCAUCCCUUCUGGGGAUUUUUCAGAAUAAGCUAGAAAGUGUUGUCUUUGGGGAAGAGAUACCUAAGCUUGCCUAAUGGAUCAGUUGAAAUCUCUGAAAAGCAAAGGAUAAAGGAUGGAUACAGUCAUGGAUAAACUUUUUUUUACAAUAUGUAAAAUGUAUACACAGAUUUUUGUGUUUUUAACCAAUAAUGAACAGUUUCUACACAGGUUUGGUCUUUGACGGCAAACUAAAUGUAAACAUAACUGAAUGAUUACAAUGAUUAAAAAAUAUAUAUAUUCUCUUUAAUUUAUUACACAUAAUACAAAGACAUCAUCUCAAAGGCAGAUACUGAAACACAAAGUAGAUAGUGAGGCAAAUAUAUCCCUCUGUACAACACUAUGUUUUUAAAACCAUGACAGAAACAGCAACGGGGUUUUAAAUGUAAAAGGUGUCUGGUUCUUGUGUAAAUUAAGGGUUUUUAUUGCGUACUGGUUUGAUGUUCUUGUACUUUUGUUUCACCUUGUUGUCAGCAGAUGACAGCAAUGGCAAGCAGGUUGGGUCAGUUUGACGUCUGGAUUUUUUUACUAGAGAUUUGCUGCUGUAAAACACUUGGAACAGCACUAUCAGUAAGGGUUGCUCCAGUACAGUACAUGCAUAAAUCCGUCAGUAUUAAUGGUGCCUUGUUUGAUUUGUAACUUUAACAUGUCAUGUGUGUACUCACGCACCUCACCUCAUUAUAUCCGUAGUGGAUUCGUUCUGUGUUCAUGGAUGGGCAGGCCUCUCUUCAGCCUGGAGGACACAGAGUUAAUAGUUAAAGCUUUUGCUUUGAUAGUGACAUAUAAUCUAAAAAAGAUUGAACCUAUGAACAAUUUACCUCUGAUCCUAUUUCUGGGAUAUUUUUGGUUGUUUUUCCCCUACAUUUAAAUUUUUUUAAAGGGUUGUAGCCUCUAUGCUGACUUUUGUCAGUCUUUGUUUUACAGAAUAAUGUUUUUUGUGCAGUGCUGUCAGGGGAGUUUUAAUACUGUUUUAUAGCCUCCUUCUGUUGUGUACAGAAACUUUCCAAGAGUUUCUGGAUCUUUUAUGGAUAUUGAAAAAGAAAAAUGACAAAAUCCUCAUUUUGUGCAAAAAAACAUUGAAGAUGUUUCACAAAGCUCUUGUACAAAAUAAUGAAUGGUUCUCCCUGUUGAUACUUCAAGAGCACCUCUUUAGUAUGCUUUGUAUACACAGUAAAAUCCCUGAUCUGCAGAUAUAGACCAUCAAGUUAAAUUUUUUAAGAACUGCUGAGAUUAAAUUCAAAACAGGCAAAUCCUUGAAAAAAUGUGAAUUUUCACUUUUUAUAUGUCCUAUUCAGUUUAAUUGUAAUUUAAAAAUGUGUUUAAAAUGAUUAGAAGUUUGUUUCUCAAAAUUAAAAAACCUUUAAAGAACAUUUACACAUAUAUUUGCUCAUCACCCAAUAAAGUGCAGAAAAUUGAAAUUUCUUCAUAAGUGCUUUGAAAAAAUGGGAUUUUGCAUAGCUGCUGUGAAAAUGCUAAACUGGUUAAAAAAACGACCCGAUUAUAUGAAUACUGCAGGUAUAAUAUUUACCAUGCUGAUGAGCUGAACCAAAAAUUAGAAAAUAACAAGAAAAUUCCCCUAUGCCUAAAGUCGACCCAGUUCACAAUGCUGUUGAUUUAUUUUACAUUUUACAAGACAUAGCCACCUGCAGCCACAAACUCUUCACUAUUUUGCCAAAAGUAUUGGGUCACAGCACCAAAUCAAAUCAAACGCAAAAAUCUGAAAAGUGCGGCAUGCUUUUGCAAAUCUAUGUGCUUUCACAAAGUCUGUACGUUGUUGGACCACGACUUGCUGCAAGCACAGCUGUGAGUGUUGUAGGGUAUGUCUCUAUCAGCUUUACCCAUCUAGAAAGUAAUUUUUUUCCAAUUUGUCUUCUAUAAAAAAGCUCAAAAUCAGGUUGGAUGGAGAGCAUCUGUAAACAGCCAUUUUUCUUGCCUUGAUGUAGGUCUGCGCAUUGAUUAAACCAAUCUAACACAUGAAUCUGCUUUGAUCUAAACCUUCCUUCCUUUGUAGCUCUGACUGUAUGUUUAGGGUCAUUCUACUGGAAGAUGAAUCUCAUUCCCAGUGUCCAGCAUUUUAUGGGCUCUAACAGGUUUUCUACCAGGAUUGUCCCAUAUUUACCUCUAUCUAUAUUCCUAUGUACUUUGAUCACCUUUCUUCUCCAUGGUGAAGAAAGGCAUUCCCAUAGCAUAAUCCUACCACCACCAUGUUUUUUCAUGGGGAUGGUGUGUACAAGGUGAUGUACAUGGUUAGUUUUCUGCCCCUCAUCAUCUUGCAUUGAAAUUUUAACUUUGGUCUCAUCAAACCGGAACAUCUUAUUUCACAUCAUGAGCACCCCUGACCUAUCUGCUGUAUUCUUUGGUUUUCAUGAUGCUGUUCUCUAAACAAACCUCAGAGGCCUUCACAGAACCGUUGUAUUUACACAAAAGGUAACCCAAUUUAUUAUCAGAUGACUUGUGAAGGUUGCACUUGAUUUUAUUUAGAAGUAUCAGAGUAAACAGGGCUGAAUACAACUUCAUGUCACACUUUUGGUUAUUAGUAAAUAUAUGCUCUACUUUGUGCUGGUCUAUCAUGUAAAAUUCUGAUGUUUUGGUUGUAGUAUGACAAAAUGUGAAAAAGUUGAAGGUGUAGGGACACGUUUUAAAGGCUCUAUAUUCUAAGGCUGAUUGUAGGUCUGUAACAAAUUCCAUUCAAUCAAUUCAAAAGUGAUUCAAAUUUGUUUUUGCUGAAAACCAAAAUGGAUAAAUGCAAAAAGAUGUCCUAAUGAUUUAAAUACAGCCGUAGUACUUCCUCUGGUAUCGUGUCGUUUUCUACGGCCUCAUCAACACAAAAACAUGACUGGUGAACAGCUGAGCCCAUCCAGAGGAGAAAUGGAUGAUGUUCCCAUCUCAUUGUUCCCAUUGCUUCUUAGUUGUGGUGCCAGCGGAACGAGCCUUCAGGCAAAGACCCACUCACCUCAUUUUCAGAAAGGCGCACAGCCAGGUGUGUUGUAACACAGAUACUUGGGAAACGGAUACACCUACCUUAACCACAACACAGGGGCAGUCGGUGAAAGAUCUGAGGAUUCAAAUUUCUGAACUCACGCUGACAAUCAGGAAAAAAACAUCAGAGCAGCACUUGUGAUGGAAGAAUUCAUUAUUAUUCAACAAAUUCUGGCUUUUAUAGUGUAAAAAUAGUGAAAACUGGAUUGUUUCAAUGAACAAAAAUAAAGGAAAAUAUAUUUAUAUCUGAUCAUACCUGUUAUCUGUGUACGAGGGUCUCAAAAG